AAAACGCGCGGCGAUAUCUCGGAGGCGCGCUUCAACAGUCCCGAGCUCGCGAACCGAUUCACUUGAAGCCGACGAGUCGGUUCCACUGCUACCAGUGGACGAGUCUGCGCUUUAGCUGGAUUUUAACGCUGGAUUUGUUUGAUAACAGAGAGAAAGCUGCAGAAAUCGAUCGCCGACGGCUUUUUAAGAGUAGAUCAUUUUGGCGGGAGAUUAAAACUUUCCCAAGUCAGACAGUGAAGAUAUGUGAAUUGGAGUUUGCAGUGCAUAUUUUUCAAAACGACACAUCUCAACGAUGAAGAAGGCAGACUGAUCGGCGAUUUCUGCGCGCGAGCAAAAAGUGUUGAAACGGCGUAGGUGUGAAGUAACGCUGUUUAAAAAGCCUCGUUAUACUCAUCUUAUCGUCGUUGUAAGUGGAAAAGUAAUCGCACGAUAUCUAUCGCAAAAGCUGACUUUCAACAAUAAGAAUUGGCGAUUACGCGAAGGAAAUGACGCAAAACUAGUCCCGCGUAUGCGCUCCGAUCGACAUCUCUCAGGGGGAAAACAAAACAGCUCCUAAUGCCGCUGUCACAAGGAUCGAUGUUACGAGUCCUGCUGCUGGCAUGUCUCCUGGCGAGGGCAGCCCAGGCCUCGGAGUCGAGUUGCUGUCUGGGCCAGGAUGUCCACUGGAUACAGGACACCAAGAACUGCACGGACGGUUCUCGCAUCCAGCUGACCUGCCCGCUGGGCUUCUACAUGAUCCAGCCGAGUCUCGAGCCCGAGGAGAAGUUCAGUGUGCUGGAGUCCACCGAGACCAAUGUCAGCUGGCUCAGCUUCGAGAACGAGCUCGGACAGCCGACCUUCAAUGCAUCGCCCGAUAACUACUGCAUGGCUAAGAUGGCAGGGGAGAAGGAAGAAGACGCGCUGGUCAUCCUGCUGUGCUUCCAAGAGCAGGUCGAGUCCCGUCCGGUCUGGCACGACAUCUUCUUCGGACUCUUCAGUGUACUCUCCAGUCUGUUCCUCGCACUGACGCUACUCGUCUAUCUGAUCCUGCCGGAGAUGAGGGACAUUCAGGACAAGGCGAUGAUGUCGGUCACGGCGUCGUUCAUGGUCGCUUUCUUCCUCAACGGGAACCAGAGGCUGAACUUUCCCCCGCUGGAUGAGGACGUCACUUGUCUCUUCGUUGCCUUCGUCAUGUACUACGCCUACCUCUGCGCAUUCUUCUGGCUGAACAUCAUUUCCCUCAAUAUCUUCAGAUCGGUCUGGUUCCCGAGUCUCAAGUUACGCUCCGACGUCCUUUUCGCGGUCUACUGCAUGAUCGGCUGGGGCCUGCCGCUCUGUUUCCUCGCGGCCACCUUGACGACCCACCACAUCGAAGGCUACCACCUGAAACCCGGUUUCGGCGAAGUCAACUGUUGGUUCAACGGCUCGCACGCGAAGUGGACGUUCUUCUACGGGCCGAUCCUGGUACUGCUGUCGGCUAACCUGAUCUACCUCGCGCUGACGAGCUACAAGCUCUGGCACGAGUACCGGGAACUCGACUGCUGCAAGCUCAAGGUGCUGAGGUUCAAGUGCACGAUGUACGCCAAGCUAGCCGUGAUGAUGGGCUUCACCUGGAUAUUCGAGGUCAUAUCCUUCGCCUCGGGAGAGACUAACCAGUUCUACUGGAUUUUGCCGGACGUCCUAAACGUCCUGCAGGGCAUCUUCAUCUUCAUCCUGCUGGUGGUGUCGCGCAAGCGGGUGAGGAAACUCCUGGCCAAGCGGAAACCCUUCAACAUAUCCUUUCCCAAGUCCUGGGCUGCCUACGCCGAUCUGGAGAACUGUCCCGAACCCGCGGGUGUCGAGGAGCUUGAGCUGUCCCAGACCUCGUGAGAACGCGCUUUAAUCGAACCCUUGCGUAUGGGCUAGGAAGACUCUGUGCUCUUGGCCGAAGUUUCGGCGCAGUAUUUUUUUUUUGUUUUUGUUUUUUUUUCGGAAAAAGAGCCAUACCGAUCAAAUAUACGAUCGUUUAACGAUUUUUAGUUUGAUAAUCUUAGAUUUUAUCAUUAUAACCACGAAGAGAAACUUGAUCAGCGUCAGAAUUAGCAUGAUUUAGUAACUUGACAUAUACCGAGAGCAGUCGCUUCUGACUUAUGACAUAACAUGUACAUUUUAAUUAAAAAUUAAGUUAUUAAUAUACAACAGUUAGAAUCUCGCUACACGACGCGUAGUAAUAGGCUUAUAUUAUAAGGCGAAGAAUAUUCCUGCUUGCGCAAAUCGUGACGAGCGCGGUUUUCGCCGAAAAAUCGUCUGGAUUCCUAAAUCGCCGCUGAAAUCGCAUUAAUACGCGAGUGUCAGCUCAUAUUUGAAAUUUCCCGCUGUUUCAGCGCGGAUCACUUGAUACAUCGCCGCGACACGAGUGAAUAAUAGACACAAGGCCUGUAUCCGCGAUGAGCGAGUUUAUCAUCGACAGCUGUACACCGUAUUUAGACUCUUUGCGAACCGAAUUCUAUUUUUCUGCCGCGAAAAGUCGUAAAUAACGUAAGUAAUCGGAGCGAUUUUUAAGCGGACUCGAUUGUGUACGUGGAAUGCAGAGAAUAAAGAUACGGGGAAAACCAUCAGAA